AUGGAAAAUAAUCAUUGGAUUGAUAAGAAUCAUAAUAAUAAUAUAGAAGAUGAAUUAUUUUUGGAAAUUAGAGCGCUUAUCUCUUUAGAUGAGGCCUCGAGGAUUAUUGGUACCAAAGGUAGUAUCAUCUCAAAGGUGAGAGAUAAUAACGAUGUAAAGAUAGGUAUUUCAAAGAUGGUUCCAGGAUGUUCAGAUCGGAUUUUGACAUCAACAGGGGAAAUUGAUCACGUUUCUAAAUCGCUUGGGGAUUUAAUUGAAGUAUUAUUAUUGAGUUACAAUAAUGAAAAGGAACAAGAGGAGAAUGAUGUUUCUAUUAUGCAAAAGAAAAAAUUUUCUUUCCCGUUUUUAAAUCAUAUUUUACCGUUACCUUCAUUAAAUGAAAUUAAAGAUCCAUUACAACUUAAAAAUAUUGGUUAUAUUAGAUUAUUAUUACUGAAUUCUCAAUUAUCAUCUAUUAUUGGGAAACAAGGUAUUAAGAUUAAAUCAUUAAUUGGGAAAAAUGGUGUUAAAAUUGUUGCCUCAAAGGAUUUUUUGCCGGACAGCAAUGAAAGAAUUUUAGAGAUUCAAGGGUUACCAAAGUCAAUAACUAGUACAAUUAAAGAUAUUGGUAAAAUUCUGAUUGACGAUAGGGAAACCAGUGACACAAAUGGAUUACAAGGAGGUAAACUUUAUUAUCCACAUUUGAAAACCCCAAUUGAUAAUGAUGAGGUUAAAGCUACAGUAUUGGUUCCAGAAAAUUUUGUUGGAGCAAUGUUAGGUAAAAAAGGAAAAAGAUUAAAUAGUUUAAGAAAAUAUACAAAUACUAAGAUUAUCGCAGCAAAAUCAACAGAGACUAAAGACGACCAUGUUUAUUUUUUUACAAUUACUGGGAAUACUAUGAAAAAUGUUCUGAUGGCAGAGUCGAUGUUAAUUAAAAAUUUAGAAACAGAAAUGCAAAGGCGUCAGGAUAGAUUAGAAAAUGAAGAAGCACAGUAA